GCUUGAACUACACCGAAAGAAUGUCAUCGUCAGACAAGAUCAACGAGCUUCUCGCAAAGCCAAAGAAUGAACUGACAGAAUACGAAGUCAGCCAAGUCGAAGAAUAUGAGUUCUCCCACGGCCCCCUCUCCCUCCUCCGAUCCGCAGUUUUAAACCACUCCCAAGUCCUUAUCUCCCUCCGGAACAACCGCAAGCUGCUCGCGCGGAUAAAGGCGUUCGACCGCCACAUGAACAUGAUCCUGGAGAACGUCAAGGAGAUGUGGACGGAGACCCCCCGACUGUCGAGCGGGAAGCCGGGACGGCCAGUGAACAAAGAUCGGUUUAUCAGCAAGCUGUUCCUACGAGGCGAUAACGUCAUUCUGGUGGUGCAUGCUGGUUGAGCGGGAGUCGUUGUGGCAUCGGAGAUAUGACGAGGCUUAAUCAAAAGAUGAUUUUGAAAGGUCGGGGCGAGGGUCGGGACAAUGGCGUCUACGGAUCAGGGACGCCGACGGCGCUUGGGUGGUGGACCUGGAAUGCACCAAUUGUUAGGUUGCGAUACCCCUCAAACAUACGCAACACCUGCAUGGAGAGGGGAUGAGUCUGCGACGAGGAAGCCGUAGCUGGCAGUUGGGCUUGAGGCUUGAGGGACAUGGCGUGUAAAUGAACACGUUAGCUACCGGAUAAGACGUUUUACUGAUAUGAAUGCUUCUAACUAGCUCUACAAUUCCCGUGGCUUUCUAUGUAUGUCCAGCCGUCCAGCAGCGGUUAAAUUCUGGCCGUUCCAAGUCUCGGGCUUUGAAUUGUGCUUUUGUAAUGCAAUGUGCCUGUCUC